AUGGCUGCGUCCAUGGCACGGCGCUUAUGGCCUUUGAGGGCUAGUCGGGGACUCUGGUCCUGGGGAGGCUGCACCUGCAACCAAAGCUCAAGGAGAAAUUUCGCUACGGAGAAGCAGAACCGGAACCUCCUGUACGAGCACGCUCGCGAGGGCUACAGCGCGCUCCCUCAGUUGGACAUGGAGCAGCUAUGCGCAUGCCCGGAGGAGGCCGCACGCGCCCUGGAGCUCCGCAAGGGGGAGCUGCGGCCUGCUGACCUGCACGCGAUCAUAUCGACCUGGCAGGAGCUGAGGCAGCUGCGGGAGCAGAUCCGGGGCCUGGAGGAGGAGAAAAGAGCUGUGACGGAGGCGGUGCGGGCCCUGCUGGACAACCAAGACAAGAAUCAAAUCCAGCAGGACGCUCGGUAUCAGAGUCUACGGGCACGUGGCCGGGAGAUUCGGAAGCGGCUUGUCCCCUUAUACCCCAAGGAGGCCCAGCUCGAGGAACAGUUCUACCUGCGGGCGCUGAGGCUACCCAACCAGACCCACCCUGAUGUGCCUGUUGGAGAUGAGAGCCAGGCCCGAGUGCUCCAUAUCGUUGGAGACAAGCCAGCUUUCUCCUUCCAACCCCGGGGUCACCUGGAAAUCGGCGAAAAGCUGGACAUCAUCCGUCAGAAGCGCCUGUCCCACGUGUCCGGCCACCGCUCUUAUUACCUGCGUGGGGCUGGGGCCCUUCUGCAGCAUGGUCUGGUUAACUUCACACUCACCAAACUCGUCCACCGGGGCUUCACCCCCAUGACUGUCCCAGACCUUCUUCGAGGAGCUGUGUUUGAAGGCUGUGGGAUGACACCGAAUGCCAACCCAUCACAGAUUUACAACAUCGACCCCUCCCGCUUUGAAGACCUCAGUCUGGCUGGAACAGCAGAGGUGGGGCUUGCAGGCUACUUCAUGGACCACACCGUGGCCUUUCGCGAUCUGCCAGUCAGGAUGGUUUGUUCUAGCACCUGCUACCGGGCAGAGACAGACACCGGGAAGGAGCCCCGGGGGCUGUAUCGAGUGCACCACUUCACCAAGGUGGAGAUGUUUGGGGUGACAGGCCCAGGGCUAGCACAGAGCUCGCAGCUGCUGGAGGAAUUCCUGUCCCUUCAGAUGGAGAUACUGACGGAGCUGGGCUUGCACUUCCGGGUCCUGGACAUGCCCACCCAGGAGCUGGGUCUUCCUGCCUACCGGAAGUUCGACAUUGAGGCCUGGAUGCCAGGCCGUGGCCGCUUCGGAGAGGUCACCAGCGCAUCCAACUGCACGGACUUCCAGAGCCGCCGCCUGCACAUCAUGUUCCAGCCAGAGGGGUCGGGGGAGCCACAGUUCGGCCACACGGUAAAUGCCACGGCUUGUGCUGUUCCCCGUCUCCUCAUCGCCCUCCUGGAAAGUUACCAGCAAAAGGACGGCUCGGUCCUGGUGCCCCCCGCCCUCCAGCCCUACCUCGGCACAGAUCGCAUCACAGCCCCUGCCCAUGUGCCCCUCCGGUACAUCGGCCCCAACCAGCCCCGGACACCCAGCUCCCAGACCAGCCUGUCUUGA